AUGUCUACUUUCGCUUUGCUUUUUUUCUGCAUCCAAGGCCUCUUGGUUCAGAACGUACUCAGCGCUUGCAUUGGCGCUGAACCUGCUCUCGGCUGUGGCUGCGGGGCUGGUCUUGGUCUCGGCUAUGGAAUAGGCUAUGAAACCGGUCUCGGUUACGGAACUGGUCUCGGUUACGGUACCGGUCUCGGUUACGGAACUGGUCUCGGUUACGGAUCUGGCCUUGGUUACGGACCCGGUCUUGCGUAUGGAUCUGGCCUUGGUUAUGGACUUGGUCUUGGAUAUGGUGGCCUAACUGGGUACGGCUAUGAAGCUUAUGGCGGUGAAGGAGUUGGUGACGUUGGGGUCGCUGGUGAGAUGGCAGUUGCUGGUGCUACAGAAAUAGUUGGACAGGUACCAAUAAUUGGUGCCGUUGGCUUCGGUGGUGCCGUGCCAGCUGGUGGCUGCGUUACAAUCGCUGGAACAUGCGCUGGUGGAUGUGGUUGCGGCUAUGGCGGAUACCGUUAU